ACAGUCUGUAGAUGUUAGGCCUGCACACUGUUUGUAUGCGGCAUUUAGCACAGGCACAGUCUUUGCAUAAUUUCAACUUCCGAUAAGUGCUGAGUGCAUGUUAAUCCGAAGUGAUAAUAAUCAAUUUAAGCAUGAUCAAAAUCGCAGGUACUUAGCUCCCCGUGGCAGAUUCUAGCUGCAAAAUAAUAAUAAUUAUUAUUGCGCUCAGUCGCUUCUGCCCAUUUGGUUGUACAAAGCGAUACUUCAGAACAAAAUCAAGUUUCCUUAAUGCAGUGAGCGCCUUAUUGUCAAUAACAUCGCUAACUGAGAGCGGCCAAAACCACGCCAUGCGCAAAAUUGCAGCAUGUUUUGUAUUCAUAUCAAUCCAUCAGUGUGCCGGUUUCGCUGACCGGGAGAUCCAAUUUGAAACCGAAUGCAAUGCACCGAGUGUGUCCAACGCGGAAGUAAAGACCGCCCCGCCCAUUAAUUCUUUCCGAACGGACACUCUCACGGCGGACGAAUGUCGUACGUACGCGGAGAUGCCCUGCGGCGAUGGAAAGCACGACUACUGCUUGAUGCAUUACGCACCUGGCAGUAAUAAGGAUCCGCUAACGAAGACAUAUGUCGAGAUGAGUUGUUGGGACGGCGGAACCCGGACCGCCAUCGCCCAGUACGCUACAAAUGUCAGCAUCACCAGUCCCAACCGCGCCAUUACGCUGCAGUUAGCAGAACGCAACGAUACGGAAGACCCUGUGCAUCAUGACGUCAUCGAUCCUAUCCGCAAGCAAAUCAUCGAACUGCAAAUACGGCGCUGCGCAACCGUCACGACCACCGCAAAGAUUUUCGGCGUCGGUGAACUAGCCAAUUUGGUUUCAUUUCUACUAUGGAAUGGGAGAGAUUUGGUGGUCAAGAGGCAAAAUUUCUCUCGAUUGCCCAACGUCCGGAUAAUUACCUUUGCCCUUACCACUAUUCAAGAGCUGGAGCCGUACACGUUUACGGAUAUUGCCCACUUGCAAAGCUUAACGCUGGAAGGUAUGAUAAUUAACAUUCUGGAGGAAUCGUCCAAGCCAGAACAUCGCCAGUACUGGAAGCCGUGAUCAUUGCGAGAAAAAGAUUUGGAUAAGGUUAAAAAAAUUCAUUGUGAUUGCUCGUUUGCCUGGUUCCGCAACUUUCUUAAAGGAAAGUCGCAUCUAAUCCAGGACAAAAUGGAGGGAGAAGUGGCAGUCAUCGGCAAUUAUCUAACCGAUUCAAUGUCCACAUUCCUUCCAAAACCGAAGGGAUCUUUGAGUGUACAGUAGACUGCAGUAUGGCGUUUAACUACAAUAAUACCUACAGAAAGAAUGAAGUGUACUCAUACAGUACUUCCUGUUAUAAUUUGGUUUGUUAGAGCUAGAGUUCAAGAGAUGAUUUGGAAGUUAAUCUAUAUCUUUUGUCGGUGUUCGUAGCGACAUAUAAUGUGCAUCUCAUUUUCCAUCGUUUUGAAAUGCCGCAACAUCAAAAAUGAA